UGGAGAGCUGCUCUGCACAGAGAAUGUCCCAUCCAGAAGAAAAGAGAGAGCUGAGUGACAGAGAGGCCGUCCUGCGUCUCUCGUUGUCGCCUCUAGUGGAAAAGGACGAGGAUGCAAAGCAUGAUGAASAGUUUUUGUCUGCAGCCCGGAUCAUCCUUAGUCGUCCAGAAUUUCUUGACGUGACAUUUGUAUGCGCAGAUGGAAGAAAGGUGCGGGCAAACCGAGCAAUACUGGCAAGUGGGAGCGAGUACUUCUUCCGRCUGCUUUAUGGGGAUAUGAAGGAGAGUUCGAUGGACACAAUACCGCUCYCUGCUGCGAGGGCAAGCAGUCUUCAGGUUGUGAUCAGUUACCUGCAUGGUCAUCGACUGAGAUUGGACGCCGACAGUUGCUGGGAGGAAAUGCUCGACGUGUACUGCCUGGCAGCGCAAUACCAGGUCGAUCUCUUAUGCCAGAGGAUCUUACUUCUUGUACCAAACCUCAUUUACGYAYGUGAAUUUGGAGAUCUGCUAAAUGCGGCGAUCCUUAGGCAAGCCGAGGAAUUACUGAAGGCUGCCGUCGAAGCGAUGAACAAGGUUUUGGUAUUUGAUUCGACGUCAUUCCAUCAGUGGAACAAAGACARCAUAGUGUACUGCCUCGAGAAUGUGCGAUUCCAUCCRAAUGUAACGGAGACGUCGGUGGCCGAGGCUGUUCUCUCUGCCGCUUCCAGCAGUGGUAGUGUUACUCCGGAGGGAGAGAAUGCGCAGAAUGSAUCUUUCAAGGGGGAUUGCACUGCUGAAGGGUCUGAGGACUSUAAGACUUUCGUAAUGACGGCAGUGCCGGGUUGUUCAGGAGGUGCGAAAAACUGUGACAGUGUCAGCGUAUGGUCACUUUCGAAGGACGACUUGCAAGAAAUAUUGGAAUGUCACAUCAACCUCGCGUUUGUUGAGCCUGAGUUUGUGAGAAAGAGCAUCGAGCCACUGCAAAUCGUGCGGCCAGAGGUGCUCACUGCAGUUUACAGAGCACAGUCCAUACACUUGUCAAGAGGAGUGUCGRCAAAGUCUUUGUUCAGAGCACCGUGGCGUUCUCUAAGUCCCAGAGUCUCAUUUGCACCAGUGAAAUUACCCGGAGGUGAAAUCUGUCGUGCUUAUGCUGAGGUCUCGCUCCCAUCUCUAUGKGCCCRWGAUCCCGAAUCCAGCUACGUGCUUUCAGAGCAGCUGCCACAGCAAGUUCAGCRUAGACAUGAGAAGUACAUGAACACUGCAACACUUCAGUUGCCCCUUUACAGUGGCUUGCACAUAUGGAGGCUUUCUAUGGAGACAUCGRCUGACAUUCUUGCCGCUGGCAUUGUUUCGGCGGCUGGUUUUGGCCCGCMAGAAGAUAGAGACUGCUGGCUYUUAUAURGGGACCUUGAAACAAGUGUUGGCAAUGAAUGCGAAACGACAUUUUUGGAUUCGCUUCAGGGCAAAGAGUUCGGCGAAGCUAUGGUUGUGAUAUUGGACAUGACUAAGCGAUCGCUGAGUUUUGCCAGAACACUGAAGGACUACCUUGAUCACAUUGGAGAGUAUCCUGCUGCCUUUCCCGAUCUUCCGUGUGAUAUGCCACUGUAUCCUGCGGUCUUUCUGUAUGAACCCGGUUCUGUUGAGAUAGAAUGGAUUCAAAGCUCUCCCCGUCAACRGUCAGUCCGCCCGAUCUAACCUCUAGAUUUGUCUAUAAGAUUCUCAAUUCUUUUCUUCGGGCCCUACUUCAUGGCAUCUGGCCUUUGYUGUUUGCUUCAUGGAUGCGGUCAUCGGCUUUGUGAUGAAUCACAAAUUGAAGUCAUUGAGUGAUCCGCACCCAUGGACAACUUGUAUGUCUGUUGCUAACAACCCUGCAUGACUCGGGCAAAUGAAGCAAAUCUCUGAUG